AUGGCAGCUCCACCAGGCUAUGGUCCUCCGCCAGGCUACGACGACGAUCUCUCUACCAACAGCCCACAUGGAGCGACCAUGCGUCUGCUCACCAGCACAGAAGGUAGCCCAUACCAACCUCCAUCAGUGUCGUCCCCGAGCGCGAACGGCAGGCCUUCGCCGCAAGAUCUAUUCCUCCGCGCGCAAGAGAGACUGAACAGUCACCACAACACUCAGCCCCCGGUCUCGCCUACGAGUCGCGUAGCACAGCAGCAAGGCACCGAAGAGCUUCAUUCGCUGCUCCGUGACGUCGAAAGCGAUCUGUCUGCCGCGCCUCGAUCCUCUACCGGCGCACCCAGAACGAGGAACUUCAAAGUGCACUUCAACCGGAACAACCCUCCGGAAGAGCCAGCGAGUUCUGUAGACGAWGCAUCGUCGUUUAGAACAUAUGAUAGAGAACCCAGUCCUGUGCACCGCGCACGGCAAUCGGGGGGUCGACCGCUUUCGAGACAAACAUCUACCUUUGAUUUCGCGCCUGGUAUGCCACCGCCUACUGAGAGCGGGCCCAGCUACGAUCCAUACAGAUCUCCUUCGCGUGGCUCUCAAUCGCCUUUGAAGACUUUCGGCACACCACGCGGAUCUCGAGACUAUGCUCGCCCACCAGCCACCAAUGUGCCAUACGAGCCGGCCGACAUCAAUGGGAUUCCUCGACCAGGAACGCCUUCGUCACAAUAUGGCGGAUCACCAAAACGACCACUACCUCCGGCGCCACUUUUCGCAGCUGGACGACCACCGUCAUUCAACACUGAGACAGAGCCCGAAUUGACAUCGAUACCGAUCGAUGACGAGGACGACGAUGUUUUCGGCCGGCCUUCAGGCGAAAGUGAUGCGAAGCGUCCUGAUCUCACCGGGCGCGAUAGUUUCGUCUCGGACUCCACACUCACAGCCGACGAUGAUCUGUACUCUCAAAAGGAACAUGACGAGGAGUUGCACGGACCGGCGCCGGAUGGCAAGCAUGAAAGACGAGGUGCUCGACAGGMACAGAUGGCGAAGAAGGAGGUUAAGCUCAUCAACGGAGAGUURAUCUUGGAAUGCAAGAUCCCCACCAUUUUAUACUCAUUCCUUCCAAGACGAGACGACGUCGAGUUCACGCACAUGCGAUACACUGCCGUGACGUGCGAUCCGAACGAUUUUGUGGAUCGAGGAUACAAGCUACGACAGAACAUUGGCCCGACAGCACGCGAGACGGAACUCUUCAUCUGUGUCACAAUGUACAACGAGAACGAGAUCGACUUCACCCGAACGAUGCAUGGAGUCAUGCGAAACAUUUCCCACUUUUGCAGCCGAGUGAAGUCGAGAACUUGGGGUAAAGAUGGUUGGCAGAAGAUUGUAGUCUGUAUCAUCUCUGAUGGAAGGACAAAAGUUCAUCCCCGGACAUUGGACGCUCUGGCAGCAAUGGGAUGCUACCAAUCUGGAAUUGCCAAGAACGAGGUCAACCAGAGGGAAGUCACCGCACACGUGUACGAGUACACGACACAGGUGUCUCUUGAUUCAGACCUCAAGUUCAAGGGGGCUGAGAAGGGUAUUGUGCCUUGCCAGUUAAUCUUUUGCUUGAAGGAGAAGAACGCAAAGAAACUCAACAGCCAUCGUUGGUUCUUCAAUGCAUUCGGAAGAGCGCUGAACCCCAACGUCUGCAUCUUGCUUGAUGUGGGGACCAAACCUGGAGACGACUCGCUAUAUCAUCUGUGGAAGGCCUUCGAUCGCGACUCUAACGUUGCUGGAGCUGCAGGAGAAAUCAAGGCCGCCAAGGGAAAAGGUUGGCUGCAGCUGUUGAACCCGCUCGUUGCUAGCCAGAAUUUUGAGUACAAGAUGUCCAACAUUCUGGACAAACCGCUCGAGUCCGUCUUUGGAUACAUUACCGUCCUUCCGGGUGCACUCAGUGCUUACAGAUACCACGCCUUGCAAAACGACGAAACAGGCCACGGUCCACUUAGUCAGUACUUCAAGGGAGAGACACUUCACGGACAGGACGCAGACGUCUUUACCGCCAACAUGUACCUCGCUGAAGACCGUAUCCUUUGUUGGGAGCUCGUCGCCAAACGUAACGAGCGUUGGGUCUUGAAGUACGUCCGCAAAGCCACAGGAGAGACCGAUGUCCCCGACGCUGUUCCCGAGUUCAUCUCACAGCGCCGUCGUUGGUUGAACGGUGCGUUCUUCGCUGCGGUGUAUUCUCUUCUACACUUCAAGCAAGUGUGGAAGACCGACCACACCAUUGCACGCAAGAUCUUGCUGCAUAUCGAGUUUAUUUAUCAAUUCGUGCAGCUGAUCUUCACGUUCUUCUCUCUCGGCAACUUCUACCUGACUUUCUACUUCAUCGCCGGAUCGCUCGCGGAUAAGAAAAUAGACCCCUUUGGCCACGGAAUCGGGAACUUCAUCUUUAUCCUCUUGAGAUAUUCCUGUGUGCUGUUGAUCAUGGUUCAGUUCAUUCUCUCGAUGGGCAAUCGACCGCAGGGAGCCAAGAAAAUGUUUCUGGCAUCGCUCGUGACCUUCAGUGUCAUCAUGGCCUACAACACAUUUGCAGCCAUCUACAUUGUUGUGCGCCAGUUGACAGACGACGCCUCCUUGACGUUCGGCAACAACGUGUUCACCAAUCUGAUUGUCAGCACGCUGUCRACCGUUGGGCUGUACUUCCUGAUGUCCUUCUUGUACCUCGACCCCUGGCAUAUGUUCACAUCAYCGGGCCAAUACUUUGCCUUGCUGCCUUCUUACAUCUGUACGCUCCAGGUCUACGCCUUUUGCAAUGCCCACGAUGUCACCUGGGGAACCAAAGGAGACAACGUCAUCCACAAAGAUCUCGGAGCAGCAAAGACCGGCAAGAACGGUACUGUGGAGCUGGAAAUGCCUUCCGAACAACUUGAUAUCGAUUCCGGAUAUGAUGAAGCACUCCGCAAUCUCCGAGAUAGAGUCGAAGUCCCCGUCCCAGCCGUCGCAGAGUCCCAGCUUCAAGAAGAUUACUACCGCGCAGUACGUACAUACGUGGUCAUAGUCUGGAUGACCUGCAACGCGAUCCUUGCCAUGGGAAUCUCCGAGAUCUACGGCAACAAAGAUGUUGGAGAUAACUUUUAUCUCAAAUUCAUUCUCUGGGCUGUCGCCUGUCUUGCUCUCUUCCGCGCAAUUGGCAGCUCGACAUUCCUGAUAAUUAACGGUAUUCACAGUGUUGCCGAGGCCAAGUUGCGCYGGAAGAAUAAGAGUGGAACGAGUGCGGGCACGAAGAGUGUCAAGAGUUCUAGGAGCACGAGUUCCUGGGGAAGUAAGUUGAGURUGCCGAGUUGGAUGAGUUCGGGAGGGAGUUGGGUGAGCAGCAAGGUCAGUUCGAUGACGCCGAGCUCGCUUGGAAGUACGUUCUCGGGGAGGUGA